GACAGUGAGCUGCUUGCCGAAGAUCACGAUGCUGCAGUGGUGCACCCUGAGGCCGUACCAUGUGCUUGCACUGGUGCUGUGUGUGUCAGCCAGUGAGGACUUUGACUGGACGAAGAACGAGAGAACGUCUUUCUAUUACGGCACCUUCCCAACUGGUUUCUCCUGGGGAGCUGGAACUUCUGCCUAUCAGACUGAAGGAGCUUGGAACAUAGACGGAAAAGGAAUGAGCAUCUGGGAUGCAUUUGCCCACAAAAAGGGGAAAAUAUUCUCAAAUGACACGGGAGACUCCUCGUGUGAGGGCUACUACAAAUUCAAGGAUGAUAUUAGCUUGAUGAAAGACAUGAAGCUGAACCAUUAUCGUUUCUCCAUCUCCUGGCCAAGGAUUUUACCAAGUGGACUGAAAAGUGAACACAUCAACGAGAAAGGAAUCAAAUACUAUGAUGACCUGAUUAACAUGCUGCUGGACAAUAAGAUCACACCCAUUGUUACUUUGUACCACUGGGAUUUACCUCAGGUCUUACAGGAGAAGUACGGUGGCUGGCAGAACGUCAGCAUGGUGAACUACUUCAACGACUUUGCCAACUUGUGCUUUGAAAGAUUUGGAAACAGAGUGAAGUACUGGAUCACUUUCAACAAUCCUUGGUCCAUAGCUGUGGAGGGAUAUGAAACAGGGGAACAUGCACCCGGAGUGAAGCUGAAGGGAACGGGAGCUUACAAAGCUGCCCACCACAUCAUCAAGGCCCAUGCUAAAGUUUGGCACACCUAUGACAUGCAGUGGCGAAGCAAACAAAAAGGCCUGGUUGGGAUCUCGCUAACGGCUGACUGGGGCGAACCAGUGGACAUCACCAACCAGAGGGACAUUGAGGCAGCAGAGAGAUACAUCCAGUUCUACAUGGGAUGGUUUGCCACUCCCAUCUUCAACGGAGACUACCCCCAGGUUAUGAAAGAUUAUAUCGGCAGGAAGAGCGGCCAGCAGGGCCUGGGAGCUUCACGGCUGCCGGUCUUCUCGCCUCAGGAGAAGAGCUACAUCAAGGGAACCUGUGACUUCCUGGGCCUCGGCCAUUUCACUACUCGCUACGUCACCCUGAAGAAUUACCCAUCAGGCCUGGGAGACAGCUACUUUGCAGAUCGCGACCUUGCUGAGCUGGUUGACCCACAAUGGCCGGAUCCCGGCUCUGAAUGGCUCUACUCUGUUCCCUGGGGCUUCCGACGCUUGUUGAACUUUGUUAAGACUCAGUACGGAAACCCCAUGAUUUACGUGACAGAAAACGGUGUGUCAGAGAAAAUGGUCUGCACCGACCUCUGUGACGACUGGAGGAUGCAGUACUUCAAAGACUACAUCAAUGAAAUGCUCAAAGCGAUUAAGGACGGGGUGAAUGUGAAGGGCUACACGGCCUGGUCUCUCCUCGACAACUUUGAGUGGGAUGAAGGAUACUCUGAGAGGUUCGGACUCUACUAUGUGGACUUCAGGAGCAAAAACAAACCACGCUACCCGAAGGCCUCUGUCCAGUUCUAUAAACGUAUCAUCAGCUCUAAUGGCUUUCCCAAUCAGAGAGAGGUGGAAAGCUGGAAGAGGAAAGCCGUGGAGACUUGCUCCUCCAGUAACCAGCUCCUGGCUGCAGAUCCGUUGAUAGGCCACAUGGAGAUGGUAACAGAGAUUGUGGUUCCCACAGUGUGUACGCUCUGCAUCCUCCUCAGCGCAAUCUUCCUCAUGUUCCUGCUGCGUGGACGCCUCUGAGAGCACAAACACACACAGAGUCACAUCCCCUGUGUUCAUCAAACCAGACGACCUGUGGCCUUGAAGCUAAAGAAAUGAAUCUGAGAGUGACUUUUGCAAAGCUGUAAAACUUUAUCCUGUCCAGAGCAUUUUGUUGAUUUACCUGUCCUGCAGUUCUGUUUUGAAUAAACACUUUUCAGGUUGUUACUAUCGAGUCAAAAUAGCCAGUACCUGUCUAACUCUGGAAGCAUUAACUCAAGCUUGACAUAUUACCUUUUUAAAAAACGGGUCAAACUUGUGUGGUUUUUUGACACAGAGCAAAGUUUUAUAGGCUACUCAAGCUAACUGCAGAGAGGAGAUGGUUUAUU